AUGAUGGAUCCGGUGUCGAUUCGGGUUCCGUGCAAGAACCUGAGGAAGGAUGAGGAGGUGGAAAUGGCGAGCAUGGAUGAUCUCGACCUGCAACCGAAUCACCGGAUCGAGUUGGAUUCUCCCGUUCGUCGAUCGUCGAAAGUGACUCCUGAUGGCGCCAACCCCAAUUUCUCCUCGCCGACGACCGAAGCCAGACCACAGGCGCCUAAGCAUUGUAGCUUGGUUACUCUUGUUCUCAGCUGUACGGUCGCCGCAGGGGUUCAGUUUGGUUGGGCGCUGCAGCUCUCUCUCCUGACUCCAUAUAUUCAGACACUUGGAAUAGAGCAUGCUUUCUCAUCGUUCAUUUGGCUCUGUGGCCCUAUCACAGGCCUUGUGGUGCAACCUUGUGUUGGUAUUUGGAGUGAUAAGUGCUCCUCAAAAUAUGGGAGGAGACGACCUUACAUUCUUGCAGGAUCACUAAUGAUCUCCAUUGCCGUGAUAAUUAUCGGAUUUUCUGCAGACAUAGGGUAUUUGUUAGGCGAUACCAAGGAGCAUUGCAGUACAUUCAAAGGAACUCGAACUGGGGCGGCAAUUGUCUUCAUUAUUGGUUUCUGGAUGCUGGAUCUUGCUAAUAAUACAGUUCAGGGACCAGCUCGAGCUCUUUUGGCUGACUUAUCAGGCCCUGAUCAACGCAACACAUCAAAUGCAAUUUUUUGUCUGUGGAUGGCUGUUGGAAACAUUCUAGGAUUUUCUGCUGGUGCUAAUGGUAGUUGGAACAGGUGGUUUCCUUUUCUGAUGAGUAGAGCUUGUUGCGAAGCUUGUGGAAAUCUUAAAGCAGCAUUUCUUGUAGCAGUGGUGUUCCUAACCCUCUGCACACUUGUUACCCUUUAUUUCGCUGAUGAAGUCCCACUCGGUGCAAGUCAACCUCGUGGAUCAUCGGAUUAUGCUCCAUUAUUGCGUAGUCCUAAACAGAAUGGCAUUGAACUAUCAAAAUUCGAUUCUGAUAAUAAACACAUAGGGAAUCAUAUUGCGAAAAAUACAGGAAAUGGGUAUGAGAAGAACUAUAUUCAUAAUCAUGUUGAACAAGUGGAUGGCGCGAGUGAAAGUUUUGAUGAUGGCCCUGGAGCAGUUCUCGUCAAAUUGUUGACCAGUUUGAGGCAUUUACCCCCUGGGAUGCAUGCAGUACUUGUUGUUAUGGCUCUUACAUGGUUAUCCUGGUUCCCCUUCUUUCUUUUUGACACUGACUGGAUGGGCAGAGAAGUUUAUCAUGGAGAUCCAAAGGGGGAUGCCGUUGUGAUUAAUUUGUAUGAUCAAGGUGUCAGAGAAGGUGCAUUUGGUUUGCUAUUGAACUCUGUCGUUCUUGGUAUCAGUUCUUUCCUCAUUGAACCAAUGUGUCAGAAGAUGGGGGCAAGACUUGUAUGGGCAAUGAGCAAUUUCAUUGUCUUUGUCUGCAUGGCCAGUACUUCCGUCAUUAGCAUGAUAUCUCUCGGUGAAUAUUCCAGAGGAAUUGAACAUGUCAUUGGAGGGAAUUCUUCGAUCAAGAUAGCUUCCUUGGUUGUUUUUGCUCUUCUUGGAUUUCCUCUUGCUAUAACGUUGAGCGUCCCUUUCUCGGUCACAGCUCAGUUGACAGCUGAUUCUGGUGGUGGCCAAGGACUGGCCAUCGGAGUUCUCAAUCUCGCAAUUGUUGUUCCUCAGAUGAUUGUAUCCCUUGGUGCGGGUCCAUGGGACGCAUUAUUCGGUGGAGGCAACAUACCUGCCUUUGUCCUUGCUUCGGUAGCCUCGUUCGCAGCUGGUGUGAUCGCAACUCUCAAGCUGCCAAAUCUUUCGGAUUCUUUCCAGUCAACCGGUAUGCAUUUUGGCUAG